AUGAAGGCAAGAAGGAAACUGAAGAAAACUCGUCAAUCGUGCAGUGGCAUUGGGUAUGAUAAAGUUGACAUUGACACGACAGAUUUUACACUAGCAAAGCGUGAGAAAAGAAAGAAAUCCAAAGCAAAGGAAAUGUUUGACGUCGGCGAGUUGCCAACUGAACGUACCACGGACAGCAGUGAUUAUAGUCCUCUCAAGAAAAGGCGUAAAAUGAACAAACACAAAUCGGAGACUGCUGUCCACUCUAACAAUGAACAUGCGAUUACAGAAGAAAGUCUUUCGAAAGAUUGCGAGGGCAAACCCGGAGGCAAACGUAAAUCAAAGACAAACCGUACAGUUGUUGAAUCUCCAGUUGCCGAAGAAGCAAAUGCCGAAGAAACACAAGUUGGCCAAGCAGAAAUACAACGUGCCGUCGAAGAUGUGAUACAAUUUUUACAAGAAAAUAUUAUCGAUUCAGAUCUUUUGACAUCCGCCACGACUCCCAACACAGAAAAGCAGGGGCCUGAAUAUAUCAACGCAGUGGGUACACAAGAAAAUGUUGAUGUCGCCAAAGAAUUGCUACAAGAAAAUGUUGGCGAUACAGAACAGUCUACUUUUGCGAGUUUCCCCAAAAAACAAACUAUUAAAAAACAUGUUGUGUAUGCACACGCAUCUCCAAUAGACACACGUGAUGAUGAACUUGUAUUGGACGACAAAACGGGUGAACUACGACACAAAGUUCCAGAUGACUUUGUUGUUACAAAUGACGAUGAUACAGAUUCCGAAAUCGAUGAAGAUUGUGCUGAGAAUGACGAUUUUUUAGAGCAACGUUACCCACCUGCACUCGAUAGCGACAUUGAAAUUGAAUCCGACACAGAAAUGGAUGCUACAUUUGAUUAUGUUGCCUCCAGCACUAGUGAAUGGAGAAUGGCCACAGAGGAAGACAGUGAUAUAUUUACUAUUCCAGUUUUUGGACAAAAACCUGGACCAACUUUCGAACUGCCUUCAUAUGCUCGUGAGGUGGAAUAUUUCUAUAAAUUUAUCCCACCAGAACUGAUCGAACUGGCUUCCAACGAGACUAAUAAAUACGCCAAAUAUCAUCAAAAAUACAUUGCAAAAAAAUUAAAUGCCCGCUGGCGUAAUACAAAUUACAGUGAAAUGCAAGCAUUCUUUGGUGUGAUAAUAUGUAUGGGUGUUGACCGCAAAUCGGCAAUCGACGAUUAUUGGUCGAGUGACCCCUUUCUGCAGAAUACGGGAAUUGCAUCAGUAAUGACUCGGGCCAGAUUUCAAAUGCUAAUGCGUUAUUUCCAUUUAGCCGACCCAGUAAAUGACCCACGGCGGGAUCCUGACAUUGAACGUCGUCAUCAACGUUCAGAGGCCGACCCUUUGUAUAAAAUCAACCCAUGGCUGAAACCCAUACUCGAAAAUUGUCGUCGAUAUUAUCAGAUGGGACAGGAAAUUUCAAUCGACGAGGGUAUGGUGAGAUUCAAAGGAAGGUCCAAAUUUAGGCAGAGAUUGCCCCACAAACCCGACCGUGAUGGCUUCAAAAUAUGGCAGGUAUGCGACUCAACAACCUCUUACAUUGCGAACUUUGAACCAUAUUUGGGGGUGAAAUAUACAACUGCAAAUGAGGGAAGAAAGAAAGAAACUGGGACAAUCAAGAAGACUGUGCACCGGUUGUUACAGCCCUUCACAGAAAAAAAACAUAUUCUUUUCUGUGAUUCGCUUUUUACGUCAGUUGACACAGCCCUUGAAUUACAAGACAAGAAAGUGUACAUGGUCGGUAGUUUUAACCGAAGAAACCGGAAAACGAUGCCACCGCAAUUAAUUCCUGAGGGGAAAAGCAAGAAGCUGAAAUUGAAAAUUGGUGAAAUGAAAGCAGCAACUAGACCUGAUGACACAAUCAAUAUUACUGCAUACCAGGAUGAAUGUGCACAAAUAUUUAUUUUAAAUACGGUCUAUCCCCCACUGGCUACAUCGGCAGAAGUGGCAGAUGAUGAGAGAUACGUGCCUGUAUCGUUACAAUGUUAUAGACAUCACAUGGGUGGUGUGGAUCGUUCUAACCAAAGGCGAAAAUACUAUCACACGGGCAGAAAAAACAAUCGUUGGUGGAUCUACAUGGCCUGUUAUCUCAUAGAUGUUGCAUUGGUCAAUGCUUAUGAAUGUUUCAAGGCAUUGAAUCGCACGACUAAAGUAACGCACAAAUUCUUCAAUAUCCGCACAGGAAAACAACUGAUUGGUGGACACUCAAGUAGAAUUCAAAAGUCCAUAAGAGAAGUUGGCUCCCUUCCAAGUAACACGUCAUUUAUUCGUAGUGAAAACAUGGAUUCGCACGAAAUAUGCAGACUACCCGGGCGACAAAAAUCGUGUAAGCAGUGUAGCAAGGACGGGAAAAAAACAGCAAGUGGCCGAUUAUCAGAAACAUCGAAAGGAUGCCCAAUUUGUAAAGUUCACCUUCAUGCGGGCGAGUGUUUUGCUGCAUUUCAUCACAACAUGGCACUGAGGGGGAAACGCACCGUGGGAACACAAACACGAAGUACGGAAGAGCAGCCCUCAACAUCAGGCAAACGCAUGGGUGCAGCCCACCGGGGUGGACGACUAAGAAAGGCAUGUAAGAAAUAA